UACCGGGCCAGCCGCUUGGCUCUUCUGUACCCGCUCCCCUCCCUCUGCUCCCCAAAAGGUCCGCAGUCACUGGUCAUCCCCUGCACUGUGUCCGCAGUCUCUGGUCAUCCCCCCUGCACUGUGUCCGCAGUCUCUGGUCAUCCCCUGCACUGUGUCCGCAGUCUCUGGUCAUCCCCUGCACUGCGUCCGCAGUCUCUGGUCAUCCCCCUGUACUGUGUCCGCAGUCUCUGGUCAUCCCCUGUACUGUGUCCGCAGUCUCUGGUCAUCCCCUGUACUGUGUCCGCAGUCUCUGGUCAUCCCCAGUACUGUGUCCGCAGUCUCUGGUCAUCCCCAGUACUGUGUCCGCAGUCUCUGGUCAUCCCCUGUACUAUGUCCGCAGUCUCUGGUCAUCUCCUGUACUAUAUCCGCAGUCUCUGGUCAUCCCCUGUACUGUGUCCGCAGUCUCUGGUCAUUUCCUGUACUAUGUCUGCAGUCUCUGGUCAUCCCCUGUACUAUGUCUGCAGUCUCCGGUCAUUUCCUGUACUAUGUCCGCAGUCUCUGGUCAUCCCC